AUGGGGAGGCGACGUAAUCGCCGUGCCCGUCUCCGCCCAAACCGGCGCUGGCGUCGCCGAACUACUCGAAAACCUGUCGGUGCUGUCCGAGGUCCUCGAGCUCAAGGCCAAUCCCGACCGGCCAGCCGCCGGCGUCGUUGUCGAGGCCACGCUGGACCGCCGGCGCGGACCCACCGCCACCGUCCUGAUCCAGGCCGGAACCCUGCGUGUCGGCAACUAUAUCGUCGCCGGCACAGCCUGGGGACGCGUCCGCGCUAUCGCCAACGAGCAUGGGAGACCAUCGACUGCAUCACCCCGGGUUCGCCGGGGGUGGUGAUCGGCCUCAACGCGGUACCUGAAGCCGGUGACAUCCUGACGGUGGUUACCGGCGAACGCGCCGCCCGCCAGAUGGCUGGCCGCCGCGACCAGCGUUCCAGCACCGGCAACAUGGAAACAGUGCUGACCCUGGACAGCGUCGUGAAGCAGAUAGACGCCGGCGACGUCAAGGAAUUGGUGUUGGUUCUCAAAGCCGACGUCCAGGGCAGCGUCGAAGCCGCGGUCCACUCCAUUGAACAAUUGUCCGAAGGAGACGUCAAAGCCCGGGUGAUUCACUCAGCCUCCGGAUUGGUCAGUGAAUCCGACGUGCAGUUGGCCUCCGCUUCAGGCGGCAUCGUGUUGGCCUUCAACGUUGGUUUCGAGGUCGGAGCCGAGCGCACCGCUGAGCGCCUCGGUGUCGAGGUCCGCGAAUACCGGAUCAUCUACCGCCUGCUCGAAGACGUGGAAGGUGCGCUAAAGGGAUUGUUGGAACCCGAGUACGCCGAGGUGGUCGUCGGGCGCGCCGAAAUCCGCGAGGUCUUCGCCGGCCGACGCGGCGUCCGCAUCGCCGGGUGUCGCGUCAUGGACGGCCGCAUUGUCAGGCAGGGCAACAUCCGCAUCAUGCGCAACGACAACAUCGUUACCGAAACCCAGAUCGGCAGCCUCCGCCACUUCCGCGACGAGGUGAACCAGGCCACCGCAGGUACGGAGUGCGGUAUCGUUCUCGACGGCUUCAACGACAUUGAGGAAGGCGAUAUGAUCGUGGCGUACCGCAUGGAGCGAGCCAAUUAG